AUGGCGCAGUGCUUCGAGGAGAGCCACGCCGCGUACGCCGCGCACGAGGGCGCGCGCGCGAAGGAGCUCUCCGAGCAGGGGCGCGCGCACCAGCGCGAGAUGGACCGGCUGAACGGCAAGGCGAGCGAGUGGAUCUUCUCGGAGAACAACAAGGACCGGCGGCCGGACGAGGUCGACCUGCACGGGCUGUACGUGAAGGAGGCGAUUUCGUUCACGGAGCGCGCGAUCAAUGAAGCGCGCGCGCAGGGCACCGCGAAGGUCCAUCUCAUUGUUGGCAAGGGUCUCCAUUCGCCACGCGGCGUCGCGAAGCUGAAACCCGCGAUUGAGGAACUGAUGCAGAAGCAGGGUCUCGUUGCCCAGCUAGACGAGAAGAACGCGGGUGUUCUGAUUGUCAGCCUCGACGGCCAGCUGAGCGGCGCAGGCAGUGUCGUGCAGCCAGACGAUAUUACGCGGCAGUUGGAGAAGGACGGUGGAUGUCUCAUCAUGUGA